AAAAAAAAACAGAAAUAAAUGUUAGUAUAUAUAUUUUUAUUGACAUUUAUUAGGAUAUAGAAAAAUUUAGAAAACUCAAUCAAAGGUCUCUCUUUUAAAGUUGUCGUGUUCUCUCUUGAAUGAUUCUUCUUCUCCUUCUUCGAGAUGACAAGUUCAGAGAACGAGAUUUUACCAUCCCUUAUUCUAUCAGACCGGUUUAAGCUGCAGAUUUCUAGGCUUAGCGUUCGAUUUCGUCGCUGAAAGUGAAAAGUUCAUCUAGCUUUAGUUUUCUCUUUUCAUGGUUUCCGCGGGAAAAGUUCGUCUUUUUUGAAGCCCUUUUGACACAAAAGACCAGAACAAGGUUCGACUUCGGAUCUCUCUUCUUUCUGAAUUUUCAUCUCUUGGUUGAUAUGAAUAUCAUUAUCUCUGCUUGACUGCAAAAAAAGGUUCAAACUUUGUGUUUCUCUGUUUCAUUCUCUUAUUGAAGCUGUAACUUUUAUUCUGAUGGUUGCUUCUGAUAUACCAUUUCAUGAUUUGCUAUGUGAUAAUUUGGUUCUAUAUCUUAUAAUCGAAUCUUGACUUUUAUAACAAGAAUGUUAUAUCAAAUCACUGGGUGAGAGUAAUGGAUUUUUUUUCCUUAUUGGGAGGUGUUUAAGAUGGUCCACCAUUAGUGGCUAAAAGAAGAAGAUACAGUAGGAACCAAUAACUGACAAUGACAUUAGAGUUUGGUCUGUUUUUGGAAAUGCAAUUAGAGGUUUUGAGAACAAAAUUCAGUGACUUGUAUCUAUUUGACAACCUUUCAAAAGACACUAGUAAAAGAACAGGGCUUUUCGGGUGUAUAUGAUGACUCCGAUGUUUCGCCAUAUCAAUGGAGCUUAUAGAUGUAGGGAAGGUAGUAGCUAGCGUUGACGAAUUGGGUGAUGGAUAAUGACUUAAUUUGAAGAAAUAUGAAUACAACCUCGACACAUUUUGUUCCACCGAGAAGGUUUGAAGUUUACGAGCCUCUCAACCAAAUCGGUAUGUGGGAAGAAAGUUUCAAGAACAAUGGAGACAUGUAUACGCCUGGCUCUAUCAUAAUCCCGACUAACGAAAAACCAGACAGCUUGUCAGAGGAUACUUCUCAUGGGACAGAAGGAACUCCUCACAAGUUUGACCAAGAGGCUUCCACAUCUAGACAUCCUGAUAAGAUACAGAGAAGGCUAGCACAGAAUCGAGAGGCAGCUAGGAAAAGUCGUUUGCGCAAGAAAGCUUAUGUUCAGCAGCUAGAGACUAGCCGGUUAAAGCUAAUUCAUUUAGAGCAAGAACUCGAUCGUGCUAGACAACAGGGUUUCUAUGUGGGGAACGGAGUAGAUACCAAUGCUCUUAGUUUCUCAGAUAACAUGAGCUCAGGGAUUGUUGCAUUUGAGAUGGAAUAUGGACAUUGGGUGGAAGAACAGAACAGGCAAAUAUGUGAACUAAGAACGGUUUUACAUGGACAAGUUAGUGAUAUAGAGCUUCGUUCUCUAGUCGAGAAUGCCAUGAAACAUUACUUUCAACUCUUCCGAAUGAAGUCAGCCGCUGCAAAAAUCGAUGUUUUCUAUGUCAUGUCCGGAAUGUGGAAAACUUCAGCAGAGCGGUUUUUCUUGUGGAUAGGCGGAUUUAGACCCUCAGAGCUUCUCAAGGUUCUGUUACCGCAUUUUGAUCCUUUGACGGAUCAACAACUUUUGGAUGUAUGUAAUCUGAGGCAAUCAUGUCAACAAGCAGAAGAUGCGUUAUCCCAAGGUAUGGAGAAACUGCAACAUACAUUAGCAGAGAGUGUAGCAGCCGGGAAACUUGGUGAAGGAAGUUAUAUUCCUCAAAUGACUUGUGCUAUGGAGAGAUUGGAGGCUUUGGUCAGCUUUGUAAAUCAAGCUGAUCAUCUGAGACAUGAGACAUUGCAACAGAUGCAUCGGAUCUUAACCACGCGACAAGCGGCUAGAGGUUUGUUAGCAUUAGGGGAGUAUUUCCAAAGGCUUCGAGCUUUGAGUUCGAGUUGGGCGGCUAGGCAACGUGAACCAACGUAAUUAAGGUGUUUAGAUGUCAAGAAAGGUUUGAGACCUUAACAAUCAAGAAUGGAGUUUGCUGGUGAGUGGAUUUUUGGGUCAAGAACAAGAGCAAUAACACAAGCUGCUGUGUGAUGAUGAAUCUUGUCUUGCGGCUAAAGGAAAUGUUUGAGGAAAGUUGUACAUAUGAUCAGCAACGUAAAGUUUAUAGCUUUUUAGAAACCAACUUUUCGAUGGUUGUUCUUUUUUUUUUGUAUGUAAUAUUAUAGAUAAGCUUGUGGUAUAUAUGAUUUUAAUGUGACAUUACGAACUUGAUUUAUAACCAUGGUAAAAUUAUUUAACAAAAUAUGUAAUAAUAGAAUGGGGGAAGGGGAA